AUGGAGGACGUGUUUGGAGACGGCUUAUUUCCAGGACCUCCCGUGACAGACAGGCCAGCUGUUGUCCUGGCUGGCAUCUUGUUUCUGCUGUGCCUGAUGGCAGUGGCCGGUAAUGGCUUCAUCACGGCCGUGCUGGGCAUUGAGUGGCUGCAGCGGAGGAAGCUGUCCCCCUGUGACAAGUUGCUGGUCAGCCUGGGGGCCUCCCGCUUCUGUCUGCAGUGGGUGGUGAUAGAGAAGAAUGUCUACUUCUUCCUCCACCCCAGGGCCUUCCCCUACACCCCCCUGACGCAGGUCUUCUCCUUCCAGUGGGACUUCUUAAACGCAGCCACGCUCUGGUUCUCCACCUGGCUCAGCGUCUUCUACUGCGUCAAGAUCUCCACCUUCACGCAUCCGACCUUCCUCUGGCUCAAGCAGAAGGUGUCAGGGUGGGUACCGUGGAUGCUGCUCAGCUCCCUGGGCCUCUCCAGCUUCAGCACCCUCUUCUUCCUCUUCGGCAACUGGCAGGUAUACCAGGAUCACCUGCGGAGAGACCGUCACACACACAACGUGACCAGGGACAGCACCAGGAGGUUCUACGAGCGGUUCUAUUUCUUCCCGCUGAAGGUGGUCACCUGGAUGUUGCCCAUGACCCUCUUCCUGGUCAGCAUGAUUAUGCUCUUCACGUCUCUCAGCCGCUAUGCCAAGAAGGCCCUCCUGACCAUGUCGAGGUGUCGGGACACCCGCGCCCGGGCCCACCUCAGGGCCCUGCUGGCCCUCGUCUCCUUCACGGUCCUCUUCGCCUCCUACCUCCUGUCACUGCUGCUCAGUGCUGUGGGUAUCCCCCCGUCCCAGGAACGUCAGUACUGGAUGAGUGAGGUGAUGACCUACACGUGCUCAGCCACACACUCCAUCACCCUGCUCCUGAGCAACUCCAGGCUCCGGGCUUUACUAUGGCAGCGAUGCCGCCAGCUCCGGGCACCGGGCGUCCUGAGUGACAAGUCCCAGAGAGGCUGA